ACUUCACUCUGUGGAGCCUUCAGGUGUCUUUUAAAGCUGCAGAAAAACUCAAUGUUUUCAGUCUUCUCUCUGUAACGUCUGAGAAGAAGUUGUGUAGUCUGUGUUGAGGGAUCAUAUCUGAGCUGAUGGGCUAUCAGAGGAGCAUGUGGAGGAGUCUGGCCGGAGGAGGAGGAGGAGGAGGAGGUGCUGUGGUGAGGUGUUCAUGUUCAGAGGAGGAGGUGAAGAUCUCCUUCAGGCGGGUCGGAGAGGAGCGGCGGCUCAGACCAGUGUUUGUUCGCCGCUGGUUCGGUCGACUGUCAGUGUCUCUGCUGUUCAGAUAUUUAGCUAAACCCUCCGAGGAGUGGUUAGCGGAGUCGCCCCGCCUGUCCACUGCCUCCAUCAGCAGCAAUGAGCGCGCUCCGUCGGCCACGCCGUCCGACUCCUCCGAGCGCCGCCCGGCGAGCCUGAUCUCCACGCUGUCCUCGGGCUCCGGAUCCUCCCGAGACGACAAUCUUGCCCCGCCCCCGCCCCCGCCGCCGUCGCCGCCGUCCGACCAGACCUCCGACAUCGACCUGGACCUGAGCCCUGCAGAGGGCGCUGCAGAGGGCGAGGGGAGGACGCGGCCACGCCGGGAGCUUGACGGUAAGGGGCGGAGACACAACAACAACAACAACAAGAAGGAGUCCACGCCGAGUCGAGCCUCCAGCCGGAGGUCACCGUUCAUAAGCAGAAGCAUGGCGCCGAACCCUCAGCUGACCUACCUGGACCGAGUCGUCAUGGAAAUCAUCGAGACGGAGAGGAUGUACGUCAGAGACCUGCGCAUGAUCGUAGAGGACUACCUGGCCCACAUCAUUGAUCAGUGUGAUCUAUCGAUCCGUCCUGAGCAGGUCUGUUCUCUGUUUGGAAACAUCGAGGACAUCUACGAGUUCAACAGCGAGCUGCUUCAGGCUCUCGACCUCUGUGACAACGACCCAGUCGCCAUCGCCAGGUGCUUCGUCAUGAAGAGCGAGUACUUUGAGAUCUACACUCAGUACUGCACCAACUACCCAAAUUCGGUCGCGGCGCUGACGGAGUGCAUGAGGAAUAAAACUCUGGCCAAGUUUUUCCGUGACCGGCAGGCGUCGUUGAAGCGUUCGCUGCCUCUCGGUUCAUACCUGCUGAAACCCGUUCAGAGGAUCCUCAAAUACCACCUGCUGCUCCAGGAGAUAGCGAAGCACUUUGACCCAGAGGAGGAGGGUUACGAGGUGGUGGAGGAGGCCAUCUACACCAUGACGGGCGUGGCGUGGUACAUCAACGACAUGAAGAGGAAACACGAGCACGCCGUCAGGCUGCAGGAGGUUCAGUCUCUGCUGCUGAACUGGAAAGGUCAGGACCUCACCACGUACGGAGAACUGGUUCUGGAGGGAACCUUCAAAGUCCAUCGAGCCAAAAACGAGAGAACGCUCUUCCUGUUCGACCGCAUGCUGCUCAUCACCAAACGCCGCGGAGAGCACUACGCCUACAAGACGCACAUCUCUUGCUCCACUCUGAUGCUGAUUGAAAGUGCCAAAGACUCUCUGAGCUUCAGCGUGACUCAUUACAAACAUCCCAAACAGCCUCACACCGUCCAGGCGAAGACGGUGGAGGAGAAGAAGCUGUGGGCUCAUCACAUCAAACGCAUCAUUCUGGAGAACCACCACGCCAUCAUCCCACAGAAGGCUAAAGAGGCCAUCCUGGAAAUGGAUUCCAUCUAUCCUCCGAGGUAUCGGUACAGUCCUGAGCGGCUGAAGAAAGCUCUGUCCUGUCAGUCCGACGAGAUUCAACGAGACGGUCGCCAGGGACGACGACAGUCCGAGCCGAACAAACACACACUGAAGCGCAACAGAGCCGUCGUCAAGGAGCGGCGCUCUCUGCAGCCUGCCACCGCCACCAGCAGCAGCAGCACGCCGGGCUCCGGCCUGGGCGAGGAGGAGGAGGAAGAGGAGGAGGAGGAAGAAGAAGAGGAGGAGGAGGAGCUGGGCAGCAGGAAGGACUCACUGGACCGACUGAUCUGCAGCGAGGACGAGGAAGAGGCGGGGACGUUGUCUCCUCAGCGGUCUCAUCGGACGGCGGCAGAGGACAGCGAGUCGGACGACCUCCUGCUGGAGGACGAGCAGGUAGAGGACUUCGUCAGCUCCGUGCUGGCCGCCAUCUCCUGCUGGGCUCUUCUGUCAACGGGGGUUACCAUGGAGGCAGACGGCGGCAGCGUCUCCUCCAACGGCUGCAACAAAGAAAACGGCCGAGAUCCUGAAGAAGACGAGCCGGGUGGAACUGAACCGACGUGUGAGAAGCCCUCCACAGAUAAGCUGGCGCAGGAGAAGACAUCAGAGUCUGAACCGACAGAAAACCCUCAACCAGAACCCUCCUCUGAUCCGGACACACCUCCCAGGACCUCUCAGAGAUCAGAAGAACUGAGACCUAAAAGAGAUCCAGAGCCGACAGAGCAGCCGUCUCCUGCCACACCGGAAUCAGACUCAAAAACCCUGAGUAGUGGCGAAUCCUCUGAGGAUGAGGAGGAUGUGAAGGAGGCACCAGAGAAAGAGGGUGAAACCUCCAGCAUCCUUCCUUCCUCCGUCCUGGACAAAGCCAGCGCCAUCGCUCAGCACUUCACCAACAGCAUCAAACGAGGCAGCCUGGACUCCCUCAGCUGCGCGUCACCACGGCUACCCAGCAGGACCGGCAGCAGCCUCAGCCUCAGCGCCGAACCCGCCGACCGAACGCUGCGGGUGAACAGCAUCUCUUCCGAUCCCGCGGAGACCUUCGGCGCGACGGAUCUGACCCUGCUGUCUCCUCGGGACGACAGCCUCUGCGAAGCAGAGCGAGGCAUUCGGCGGAGGCGGGACUCCACGCUGUCCAAGCAGGACCAGCUCCUCAUCGGCAAAAUCAAGAGUUACUAUGAGAACCAGGACGCCACCUUCAGCCUCCAGCGCAGAGAGAGCCUGACGUACAUCCCGACCGGGCUGGUCAGGAGCUCCGUCAGCCGGCUCAACAGCAUCCCAAAGGAUGAAACCGUCCAGACGAAUCCCUUCGUCUCGACCAGGUCCUCCAGUCUGGAGUCAAACUCCUUUUUACCCUCCGACACCCAGGGCCGCAUGGUCUCUAGUGACUCGUUGGACUCGUUCAGGUCCGAUCAGAGAAGCACAGAUCUAGAAGAUUCAGAAGGAUACCAGUGGUCCAGAUCUCAUAGCUUGCAGGACAAUCCAUCUGAGGAAGAAGAGUUCAGACCUUCAUCUGACAUGAUCAAGAUCUGGCAGACGAUGGAGCGAGAGGUCAACCGAUCACAAAGCGACGACAGAGUGCGAGAACGACCUCGAGAAGCUCCGAGAAACCCCAAAGCGACUAGCAGCCUUUCUGAGACGACGCAGAGCUGUGAGCGAGACAGCGGAGCGUCCGACCUCAGCACCAUCACCGAGGAAUCCACCAGUCCUUCGCCCCUCAAGCCCAAAGCCCCCGGUUUGAACCGGACAGGAAGUCUGAAGGACGCCCUGAAGGUGUUCGGGGAAGAGGCCGCCGGCGGCGUCAGGGCCAGGGUUCCUCGGGUCGCGGUUCCUCGGGUCGCCCAGCUGAAGGCGGAGGCAGAGGGGGGAAAGCCAAGUGAGGAUUCAAACCAGCUGGACGACGAAGACAAGGCGAAGAGCAAAGUCCUCAAUCUGGCCCGUCAGUACAGCCAGCGGAUCAAAACGACCAAACCGGUGGUCCGACAGCGAAGCCAAGGCCUCCUGAUGGGCAAGAAGACCUUACCCUGUGUGAUGGAGGAGAAGGAGAGUUCAGGUAAACCCAACCUGACUCUGCCGCUGGGUUCUCAGAACCAGGCGACCUCUCUACCGCUGGGCCCCGUAGACCAGAUCCAGGGUCUGGCCUGCAGCUCCGCGGCGGUCUCCUCGGGCCGGGCUCGCUCCCGCAGCCCCCUCGGCCCCCUCAGUCCUCCUCUGCCCAUCGAGGGCUUCAACUGGCCCGACGUCCGAGAGCUCCGCUCCAAAUACUCCGACCACGGUCGCACCAAGAAGAGUCCCAUCAGCCGGAGUUGCUCCACGCCGGAGCAUUUGUUCGACGGCGGUCUCAGGAGGCACUCCAGCUGCUCCUCCAGCCUACUUGUCGCUGACGGAGCUUCUGGCGAGGUGCCGUCGGACAAGCCUCUCCGCAGCCGGAACGCCAGCCGAGAGGAACGCCGGAAACGGCUUCAGAGAGCCAAUUCUCUGGACCCUCGGCUGAGCGAAGCACAAAUGGGCGAGCUGCAGAAGCUCCAGGACCAGGUCGCUAACGGCGACUACGACGGCGACCACGACGGCUACUACGUCGCGGCCGAGGCGCCGCUGCCGGACGACUCCGAACACAAGAUCAUCGUCAUGGAGAAGCUCCCAGAGCCUGCGGAGGCCUCGGAGGACGGAGGGGAUGAGAACUACGUUCAGAUCCGUUCGCCCACCAGCAGGGAGAAGAUCUCCAUCAUGGCCGUCAUCGACCGCUGCCGGGUCUAUCAGGAGUCUGACGAGUACAAACAGAGGGAGGACGUGAGAGCCAAAACUGAGCCGGCGAGGCCUCAAGAGCUCGACGCCACGGCGGCGGCGUCCUCCAACGAUCAGGGCGACGAGUCCCAGACGACAAGCUCGCACUGCGGACAGAAGACGGACGGCGGUCAGCAGAGCAUCGUGAAGAACUUGAGAGAGAAGUUCCAGAGUCUGAGCUGAAGAAACGGAUCAGACGUCAAAACAGAAUUAAUGAACCUCGCAGAUAUAUAAAAUCAUAUUAGUUCAAAUAUCGUGUUCACUACUUAAAUAUUAUUCUACAGCAGACGACUACUAACAGCUAGAUCAUGUGAUCAUGAAAGAAUUAUCUGUAAUUAUUCUAAGCGGUUAUGAAUCGGCGUCAUAAAAACAUUUUGAUAUUUAAAAUGUAUAAUUAUUAUUAUUAUUAUUUCAAGAAAAGAGACAUUUAGAAGACAGAAUAUCUCGUGUGAUUACGACUCCUCUUCAUGUAAAGAUCAAAAAACAACUUUCUUGAGAUAACGACAGCGUCCUCCCCGGCAUUAUGUAGAUAAAUAAUAUCUAGAAAUGUGUAAAUAUCUUCAUACAGUCAUCAGAUACACCUUAUCUUCAGUCACAAUGUUUGUUAAAAGCACCUUUUUGUACAGGAUGUUAUUACGUGUUGCACAGUUUCACUUCAGUUUUCCUCUUCAGAGAUUUUAGGGAAUCGUCACGACACAGUCUGACAGUAGUGGAAGCCUCAUGAAUAUAUAUAUAUAUAAUAUAGUAUAUAUAUAUAAUAUAUAUUAGAGAGAUUAGCAUGAAAGCAGAGACUUUAUAAACCAAAGCUCAUGUGUGUGGAUUCCUGCUACCAGAGGACUAACCACUAAACUUUAUCACUUUGUUCAGUCCUAAAAACAACUCACAGACUUUGCAGCUGCACAACCUCUUGUGUUAUUUUUAUAUUUAUAUUUUAUAUAACUGUCCAACACGUAGGUAAAUAUUACUGUUCUCUGUCUUCCCCAGAGUCACAUGUUCUCACCGGGUCUCACGGGAAGACGUAUAAAUGGCACGAUGUUACACAGACAUUGAGCGUCAUGAUUCCAGGCUUGUCAUCACGCAACAAGAGUACGGUAACGUCCGCUCUUAGGUUUAGGAAAAAAAUCCAAUUGGGCUUCAAAUAAGUACGUAAACUAAGUAAAAUACGUACAGAAACAACGUAACGUCAGUACGGAAAACAACGUCUUCUUCUGGUUUUAUGAACAUCUGUGAUUGUUUGAUAUUUAAAGACAACAUCAAAUGUUGAUAACGGCGUCCAACAUCCAUUCAGAUGACAGUAUGGAGGACUCAAACCUGCGUUACUAGGAGACAAAUAAAUUAAUGGAUGAUUUAAAACAUAAACUAAUAAAUUAAUUUUUAAAAAUUAGUAAACUUGUAAAUAAAAUAGCUGUGGAUUUAUUUUCCCUCAGCGACAUUUAAUUAAUUAAAUUUUUAAUUAAAUUUGGUAAAAAAUAAUCUCUUUCAUGGCCUGUUUUAUAUUUUUCCUAUAACAUAUAUAAAAUAUGCAAAUUUUACCCUCAGAAUACAAAUUCUGAUUAAUGUAUUUAUUAUACAUUAAUGGAUGUAUUUCUAUAUGUUUGUGCCUUUUUGAACAUUUGAUUUACUUUGUCCAUUUAUUUAUGUCCUAAUAAGUCAGGUUUUAUCCUCCAUACACACCAGAGUGUUUUAAUACAUCAGUUCUUUUUAGCACCUUCCUCCGUGGCACGCUGGCAGAUUUGGGACUUGAACCUGUGACUUUCCUUUAACCACUGGUCCACCCUGCACGUGAUGUUCCCGACUCAGUCGACCACUGUUUAUUUAUUCAUCUAAUGUAAAUAGAAACAAAUCGAUUGUAUUUCUAUAACUGUGGUUCUAUGUGUGUUGUACAAACAUGUUUCUACGUCAUCAGACGUCCUCAUUAAAACACAGAGAGGAUCA